GAAAGAAAGAAAGAAUACAUAAACCUUCUUCCUCUGCUCCUCUGCUGCUCCUUCCUCGUCAGUUCGUCACCAAUUGGAGAUCCAAAGCGAAAGCGAAAGCAGAGGAAAUGGACAAUGGGGAUAUUGACAGCGCAGAGGAUGAGUUCCCGGGGCGGAUUGGCGGCCGCAAGUACCGGCCGGUGGUGGCCAACGAUCGGGCCGUGCUCGAGAUGUCCUCCAUGGAUCCUGGAUCUUCUUCCUCCCCCUCCUCCUCCGCCACCUUCUCCGAUCACCAAGCUUCCCUCAAGAAAGUCAAAGUUGGCGCACAGGCAAACAUGGGUGCCGAUUUGAAAGAAGGGUCUUCGCCAAUACAUGAAGAAGCCAAUGGUCCCCAGGGAGAGUCAAAACUGGAGUUGUUCGGUUUUGAUUCUCUUGUCAACAUUCUUGGUCUCAGGAGUAUGACAGGGGAGCAGGUUCCUGCACCUUCUAGUCCUAGAGAUGGUGAGGAUGUUGCCAUUACCAUUGGGCACCCUAAGCCUGCUGAUCUCAAACUGGGUACUUUGAUGGGUGUAUUUGUCCCAUGCUUGCAAAACAUACUGGGAAUUAUCUACUACAUCCGAUUUUCAUGGAUUGUUGGUAUGGCUGGCAUAGGCGAGUCACUAUUGCUGGUAUCUUUCUGUGGUUUGUGCACUUUUCUGACUGGAAUAUCACUGAGUGCUAUUGCAACGAACGGUGCGAUGAAGGGUGGGGGACCUUACUAUCUCAUUGGUCGUGCCCUUGGUCCAGAGGUUGGAGUUAGCAUUGGACUAUGUUUUUUCCUCGGAAAUGCAGUUGCUGGAGCUCUGUGA